UGCUCUCUCUCUCUCUCUCUCUCGCGCGCGCGCAUGCGGCUAGCCACGUGGCGCGCCAUUUUUUUUUUGUUUUUUUGGUAGGAGAUGGCUAUGGCGGGAUCUUUGUCACGUUGUUUGGCGGAGGACGAGCGCAAAGAGGAGCGGGAGCAGCGGGAGGAGCGGGAGAGAACGAAGAGGAGGGGGAGGAGGAGCACAAUGAAAAGGAGGUGCAGUGGCCGAGGAGAGCAGGGCGGAGGGGAGGUGUCAGCAGAGGAUGGCAGCGGAGCAGGAGCAGGAGGAGGAGGAGGAAGAGGAGAAGGAACAGGAGGAAGGCCAUCGAGGAGAACGAAAAUGACGGAACGAAGCAGGACAACAAAGAGGAGGGCGAGGAGCGGGAAGGAGUUGGAGAAGAACGAAGAGGAGGAUGAGAGAUUUAGGCCAGGAGGAGCGGGAGGAGCGGGAGGAGGGAUGGGAAAAGGACCGGGAAAAGGAGGAGUGGGAGGAGGUGCGGGAGGGGAAAUGCGAAGCGGCGGACGAGCCGCGGGAGGAGUAGCUGGAGAAGGAGGAGCGGCAGGGAAAACGGGAAGAGGGUUGGGAGCGGGAGAAGGACCACGAGGAGAAACGGGAAGGGGCGGAGGAGGCGCGGGAGGAGGGGCGGUAGAAGGAGCGGGAGGGGGAGCGGGCAGGGGGUUAACGAACGCGCGGGAGGCGGAGGAGGGGGAGGAGAUAUAGGUGGAGGAGAAGAAGCGGGAGGAGCACGUUUCCAGCCAUGCACGCACAGA